ACAUAUUAUGAUGUUGUUUAUUUGACAGAUUCAAUGGACGGAAGAGGAGCGUCAAGAUAUUGGUGUCAUCAUUGUUCAAGGAGGGUGAACCCCAUGAUGGAGGUUGAGUUAAAAUGUCCCAUUUGUCAACUAGGAUUUAUUGAAGAAAUGGGAUCAGACACUACUGAGACGCCUUUAGAUUCUGAUUCUGAUUCUGAUUCUGAUCGUGCCCUCUCACUUUGGGCACCUAUCUUGUUAGGCAUGAUGACCAACCCUCGUCGUCGUUCUAGACUUAGGCAUCUCGAAUUUGAAGAUGAUGACGAUGAUGAUCAUACACGUGAAGCCGAUACACAACUUGAUCCAGACUUGGCAUCUAUAAUAAAUAGGCGCAGGAGGAACUCUGCCACAAUUCUCCAGCUCUUGCAAGGUAUUCGAGCUGGAAUGUUGGCUGAGUCGGAGAACCCUAACCCUGAGAAUGAAAACAGGGAGACAGGUAGAGAGAGUAGGGAUCUUGAGCGUGUUAUACUUAUAAAUCCAUUCAAUCAAACCAUCAUUGUGCAGGGUUCAGAUAAUAAUUCCAGGAACCAACCUAUUGGCUCAUUGGGUGAUUAUUUCAUUGGUCCUGGUUUAGACGUGUUGCUGCAACAUUUGGCAGAGAAUGAUCCAAAUAGGUAUGGUACUCCACCAGCUCAAAAAGAGGUUGUACAGGCAUUGCCUGUGGUGACAAUUGAUGAGACAUUGCAGUGUUCUGUCUGUUUGGAAGACUUUGAGAUUGGGACUGAAGCCAAAGAGAUGCCUUGUAAGCACAGGUUUCAUGGUGACUGCAUCUUACCAUGGCUGGAGCUUCAUAGCACAUGUCCCGUCUGUAGGCACCAGUUGCCCUCUGAUGAAUCAAAAGUUGAGUCUGCUGGAACCAAUGAUGGAAGUGGUAGUAACACAAAUGCUCAGAGUAGUAAUGGUAAUGGUAGAAGGUAUGAAGAUGAGGAUACUAGUAAUGAAAACGGUCGCCCGUUUCCAGUGUCACUUCCGUGGCCUUUGAGUGGCUUGUUUUCAUCCCCAAACUCAGGUAGUAAUGGAAAUUCAUCAUCAAUGACGUCUUCUGCAUCAAAUGCAAACUCCAAUGCUCAUAUGCAUGAGGAUUAAAUUUCAUCAUAUUGAGUUUGUGCUCUAUGAUGCAUGGAUUUCCUUUGGCGUUUUGCUUGUGUACAUAGCGUGGUACUUGCUAAAUUAUAGUAUUGCAAACACUGCAUCCUGUCUUGCUU